GUGGACCUGGGGGCCAUGGUGGCCGGGACUCAGUACCGCGGCAUGUUCGAGGAGCGCAUGAAGAACGUGAUAAGGCAGGCCGAGUAUGCGGGUGGCAAGGUCAUUCUCUUCAUCGACGAGAUGCACAUGCUUCUUGGCUCCGGUGGCAGCCUGGUCCACCAGAGUAGCACCGACGCCGCCAACAUGCUGAAGCCGGCGUUGGCCCGUGGUCGUAUCCGCUGCGUGGGCGCGACGACUUUGGAUGAGUACAGCAAGUACAUUGAGAAGGACGCCGCGUUAGAGCGGCGAUUCCAGAAGGUGCACGUUGAGGAGCCGAGCACUCAGGCAACCAUUGCCAUUCUGCGAGGGCUAAAGGAGAGGUAUGAGAAGCACCAUGGCUUGCAAAUCCAGGAUGCUGCUCUUGUUGCUACCGCACAGCUUGCUGCCCGAUAUAUCACAGGUCGUCAAUUUCCUGAUAAGGCAAUUGAUCUGAUCGAUGAAGCAUGUGCCACCGCAGCCAAAAGGAUGAUGCAAAUUGGCAUACAAGAAAAGAAAGUAAACACUGUGCUAACUACCUCUCCAAAUGCAGUGAAGGAAGCAAAUGUUGGCCCUGAUGAAGUCGCACAAGUUGUGAGCCGAUGGACUGGAAUUCCUGUCGCCACGCUUGAUCAAGAGGAGAAGGAUAAGUUGAUCCACCUAGCAAGCAGAUUGCAUGAGCGAGUUGUUGGCCAGCAUGAAGCCGUUAAUAAGGUCGCGCGUGCAGUGUUGCGUUCUAGGACUGGCCUUGAUCAGCCUGGCCAACCAAUAGGCUCAUUCCUCUUUUUGGGCUCUACUGGUGUUGGAAAGACAGAGCUUGCAAAAGCUCUUGCCGAACAGCUAUUUGACAGCGAGAAGAUGUUGGUUCGCAUUGACAUGUCUGAAUAUGUUGGGGCUGGAUCUGUCUGGCGUCUCAUUGGAGCACCUCCAGGCUCCUCUGACCAUCAAGAUGGUGGGCAACUGACUGAGAAGGUACGAAGGCGCCCAUAUAGUGUCAUCCUUUUCGAUGAGGUGGAGAAGGCAGAUCCUUCGGUGUUGAAUGUUUUUCUUCAGCUCCUUGAUGAUGGUAUGUUGACCGAUGGCAAAGGCCGGUUAGUAGAUUUCAAGAAUACCAUUAUCAUCAUGACCUCAAAUCUGGGGUCAGAGCACCUACUAGCAGGACUGUCCGGAGAAAGCACAAUGGAAACAGCAAGGGACCUUCUUAUGAAUCAGGUUCGGAAACACUUCAAGCCCGAGCUUCUCAACAGACUGAGUGCGAUCAUUGUAUUUGACCCGCUUUCGCGAGACAGGCUAAAAGAGAUCGUGGCAAUCCAAAUGAACAGCGUCAUCGCCAGGGUAGCUGCCAAGGGCAUCUCUCUAUCUACAAGUGACGCCGCAUUGGAUGUCAUUUUGUCGGAAUCAUACAAUCCAAUGUACGGUGCAAGGCCUAUAAGGAGGUGGGUGCAGGAGAAUGUGGUGACGGCGAUCUCGGAGAUGCUGGUCAGAGGGGAGGCCGGUGCGGGCUCAAUGAUCUCCAUUGAUGCUUUGGACGACAGGAAGGGGCUGACGUACGAAGUGGCGAGAGAAGUGGUAGAUCCAGCGGUGGGACUUCUCGGUGACUCUGGUGGCGGCAACGAUGGUUUGGCCAUGGCCACUCCAGUCAUGAAUGGUGAGACUAACACACCUCAUGUCACUUCCGGGGCUGGCUUGAACUUGUAUUUGCCAAUCAAGGCUUUGUUGGCAAGGUUUAACACCUAAGCAUCCUCAUGUUUCUGUCUUGAGAACUUGUGAUGGAGUUAGUUCGAGGUGUAGUCUAAUUCUCAAGGAGUAGAUUCACAGGAAGGAUGGUACUGCUAGGAUGUUAGAGCAGUGAAGGUUUGGAUAGUCAAGGAAGUAGAGCUUUUGAGUGAACCAAAGAAAAAUAUAACCUUUUGCUUUCUCUCAUUUUCCCCGGCUCUUGUUCAGUCAUGAAGGCAGCAAUUGCUGGAUCUUUUAAGAAGGAAAAUUUCAACUUGUUAGGCACAAAAGCAGUGUUGAGACCUAUCGAUUAGGAGUACCAUCAUGUGCAACAGAUGGAGCGAAUUUGAGAGAAACG